AUGGUGCAGCUGCAUCAGCUAAUGCUUUUCUCUUCCAAGCAGCUUGUUGAAAUCCUUGCUGGUGUUAGUAUGCAACAUGACAGGCUCCUAAAUGCCACAAUGAGUCACAGGUGUCAGCAUUUGAAACAAAUGGAGAUGCCAUUGUGCAACAUGCCUGAAAGGACGAGGUGCACAGAGACUGCGCCUUUCAGAAAAAUCGAAUGGGAAGACAAAAUUUCAAAGGCAAUACAUAAUGCCACGGAACCUUUAGUUACCAUGGCUGCCCAUAGCAUGCAGUUUAAACUUUCUCCAUCUCAAACCCAGACAAUGGAGACCUUACCUUUGGAGACAUUGCCUCUGGACAAGAAGACUUUGGAAGAUAAGCCACAAUACAACAGGUUUGUUCAGAAAAGCAAACCUUUGGAGUACACGCCAACGAAAACUCAGCUUCCUGAAUCCAAGCAAGUGAAAUCCAAAUCUUUAGAAGAACACAAAUUGCAUUUGCAGAAUCUCUGCCGCAUUUGCGGAGGUUCCUUUAACACCAGCCGCUAUGACAUGAAGUAUGCAGUCAGUGGCCCAGUCGAUGACGUCACCCAAGAUGUUCUUAGGAAAAUGGGACAUGGGGAUUGCUUUUGGCCUGAGCUCGUCCAUAACACCUUCAAAGUAGAUGUCAGGAGAGAUAUGGAGACCGUUCACCCCACCCACUUCUGCCACAGCUGCUGGCGCAUUGCAAUUCAGAUGAUCAACAAUACAAACAAUGAAGAUGCAUUUUUUCCCAUCAAUAAAUUUAUGCACUGGAAGCCUCAUUCCAACCACUGUAGAGUUUGCAACUCUUCAAAAGGAAUUCGCAAGAGAAAGGGUCUGGGAAGAAGUCCGCAGGUCCCCAAAAAAGCAAAGGUUGCCAUCGACCUUCCGAUCAGACCAAAGGUUGUUAAUAGAAGAGAUCAGAUGAACAGCACAAGCAUUAUGUUGGCUAAAAAAGUGGUCAACUGCAAGAAGCUCCAUCUAAGUCCAAAGCUCCUUGUGGAUGACUAUCCCCACCACUUUCUCCAGUCGGUCUCAUGUCAGGUUUGUGACCAUCUACUUGCUGACCCUGUGCAAUUACCAUGCAUGCAUCUGGCCUGCAGAACAUGCAUUUUCAAAUGCUUUGCAGUUCUCGGAAAGUAUUGCCCAGUUUGCAGGUUUCCUUGUUGUUCGGCAGAGCUCACAAGCCCUGUCAAAUCUUUCAGUCACGUUCUGAAUUCCCUUGUGGUGAAAUGCCCAAUGGCAGACUGCAAAGAUGAGAUGAGACUAGAUGAAUAUUCUCACCAUGCCCAAACUCACAAAGAGACCAGAGGGAAAUAUGAUUACUCACCAACAAACAAGGGUGGUCGGCCAAGGUUACACUUGUUGUCUUUAACACGAAGAGCUCAAAAGCAUCGCCUGCGAGAUCUCAAGCAUCAUGUUAAAGCUUUUGCAGAGAAAGAAGAGGGUGGAGACGUGAAGUCGGUUUGUCUCACUCUGUUUCUACUUGCGCUGAGAGCUGCAAACGAACACAGGCAGGCAGACGAGCUAGAGGCUAUAAUGCAGGGAAGAGGAUCAGGGUUGCUACCUGCAGUCUGUCUUGCCAUUAGAGUCAACACAUUCUUGAGUUGCAGUCAAUACCAUAAAAUGUACAGAACAGUCAAAGCAACAACUGGGAAGCAGAUCUUCCAGCCAUUGCAUUCACUCCGAACUACAGAGAAAACUCUGUUGCCUGGUUAUUUUCCAUUUGAAUGGCAACCUCCACUAGAAAAUGUCUCUACUAACACUGAAGUAGGAAUAAUAGAUGGUUUGAGUUGUUGGCCCCAGUGCAUUGAUGAUUAUCCGAUGGACACAAUUUCCCGACGGUUUAGGUACGAUGUAGCACUUGCUGCAACUAUCAAAGAUCUUGAAGAAGACAUCUUGCAAGGUCUGAAAUCACACGGAAUGGAUGAGUUUCAGAGUGGGCCAUUCACUGUUGUGGUAAAGGAGUGUUGCGAUGGAAUGGGGGACGUCAGCGAAAAGCACGGAUGCGGUCCAAUUGUCCCAGAAAAGGCAGUGAGGUAUUCCUUCACAAUAAUGAGUGUGAGCGUCACGGGUGAAAACAAUGAAAAUGUCAAGGUAUUUGAAGAAUUGAAGCCAAAUUCUGAAUUGUGCUGCAAACCUCUUUGCCUCAUGUUGGCAGAUGAAUCUGACCAUGAAACCCUGACAGCAGUGCUGGGCCCACUCAUCGCCGAAAGGAAAGCCAUGAAGGCAAGUCAUUUAAUCCUUGAAAUUGGCGAUUUGCUCAGGUCUUUUCGAUUCAUCUUCCGAGGCACAGGGUAUGAUGAGAAGCUUGUGCGUGAAGUGGAAGGCCUUGAGGCCUCAGGCUCCAUCUAUGUUUGCACAUUAUGUGACUCCACUCGUAGUGAGGCCUCAGUGAAUUUGACCUGCCAUUCCAUAACCAGGAGCCACACAGAAAACCAUGAGCGCUAUGAAAUUUGGCGAUCAAACCCAUAUCGCGAGUCCCCUGAAGUCCUCCGCGAUAGAGUGAAAGGCAUCUCAGCCAAGCCUUUUAUUGAAACUCAGCCCUCCAUUGAUGCCUUGCAUUGCGAUAUUGGAAACGCAACGGAAUUCUUCAAGCUCUUCCAAGAUGAGAUUGGGGAGCUUCACAUCAAGCCCAACCCGUCCAAAGAGGAUAGGAAAAGGUGGCAAGUACUGCUCGAUCAGCAUUUGAGAAAGAAGAUGAAUCUGAAGCCUAUCAUGAGGAUGAAUGGAAACUUUGCCAGGAAACUGAUGACCAAAGAGACCGUAGAAGUAGUAUGUGAAUUAAUUCCGUCUGAGGAGAGGCGAGAAAUUCUCAGAGAGCUAAUGUCACUUUACGUCCUGAUGAAACCAGUGUGGCGCACCACGUUUCCUAUCAAGGAGUACCCAGACCUUGUGCACCAAUACAGCUUUAAUUCCCAAAAGUUUGCAGACCUGCUCGCUACAAAGUUCAAGCACAGAUAUGAAGGGAAGAUCACAAAUUACCUGCACAAAACUUUGGCCCACGUUCCUGAGAUCAUCGAACGAGAUGGUUCCAUAGGAGCUUGGGCGAGUGAAGGAAAUGAAUCGGGCAACAAGCUUUUCCGACGUUUUAGGAAAAUGAAUGCGAGGCAGUCUAAAAGUUAUGAGCUGGAAGAUAUCCUGAAGCACCACUGGCUGUACACUUCCAAAUAUUUGCAGAGGUUCAUGAAUCAACACAAUGAACUGAAACAAUCAGUGUUUGCUUCCACACCAUUUGACAGCAGCAGCCAAAAUGAUUCACCACCAGAGCCACAUGACUCCAUUGAUUUUUAA